AUGUCCAUUACAUCGGAUGCUCUAGGGUCGGCCCGACUGAGGGAGAAUAUCAUUGAGGCAUUCCCUCUGAAAUUCGCCCCGGGAAAGACUCCACCAGAGACGGUCCUCGGCAGCGCUUAUCGCCUUAUCUCCAAAGCACCUGAACCCAUUUUCUCUCCGCAUCACGUCGUCACGCGUGUCGCGCCAUUGUUCACCAUGGAGGUUGUGAUGAAUGAUGCCGCCGAAGAGCGGGGGGCUAAGCGUACUGCGGAAGAGCUGGAGGCCUCCGAGCCUCCAAAACCGAAGCGCAUCAAGGCACUAGAUCCCGAUGUGGUCAACAAAAUCGCCGCCGGCGAGAUUAUUGUCGCGCCAAUGCACGCAUUGAAAGAAUUGAUUGAAAAUGCCGUUGAUGCAGGCUCCACAUCUUUGGAGGUACUGGUCAAGGAUGGCGGGCUGAAAUUGUUGCAAAUCACAGACAAUGGCCAUGGAAUCGAGCGCGAUGACCUACCGAUCCUGUGCGAACGAUUUACGACCUCCAAACUGAAGGAAUUUGAAGACUUGAAUUCCAUUGGCACGUACGGUUUCCGAGGUGAAGCGCUCGCCAGCAUCAGCCACAUCGCUCAUUUGACCGUGACGACAAAAACUGCGGGAUCGAGUUGUGCCUGGCGAGCUCAUUACGAUAGCGGCAGAUUAGUCCCAGCUAAACCGGGUCAGCCUGCUGCGCCCAAGGCUACUGCAGGACGGGGAGGAACGCAAAUCACAGUUGAAGAUCUUUUCUAUAACGUUCCCACUCGACGGCGCGCUUUUCGAUCGGCGAGUGAGGAAUAUGCCAAGAUUCUUGAUGUUGUCGGCAGAUAUGCCGUCCAUUGUGCUGGAGUUGCCUUCUCGUGCCGGAAGCAUGGUGACUCUGGAGUGAGUAUCUCUACCCCGUCAAGUGCUACGACGGUGGACCGCAUUCGACAGAUCUAUGGCAGCGCUGUUGCCAACGAGCUGGUCGAGUUCAAGGUCACCGAUGACAAGCUCGGAUUUCAGGCUUCGGGCCUUGCUACCAACGCCAAUUAUCAUGUCAAAAAGACGACGAUUCUUUUAUUUAUCAACCACCGCGCAGUUGAAUCCACCGCGAUAAAGCGAGCGGUUGAGCAGACUUACUCUGCCUUCUUACCCAAGGGCGGCCAUCCUUUUGUCUAUCUUGAUUUGGAGAUUGAGCCCAACCGGGUCGACGUCAACGUGCACCCAACAAAACGAGAGGUCAACUUCUUGAAUGAAGAAGAGAUUAUCGAGAUGGUGUGUGACGAGAUUCGGUCCAAGCUCGCCCAAGUCGAUUCGAGUCGUACUUUCCUGACCCAGAGUCUCCUUCCUGGCGUGCAGACCAUCGAAACUCUGCAAUCAACAUCCAGCGAGGACCCACCAGAUGGGAAGGUGACUGCUACGCCCAAGACUCCCGCAGCUUCCAAGCGACCCUAUGAAAAUAACCUGGUUCGCACGGAUUCAAAAGUGCGGAAAAUCACGUCCAUGCUCACACCAGCUGCGCUUGCAUCGCCGGCCGAUCCAAGCGCAUCGGGGGAACACGGAAUUGCACCACCGUGCUUGAUGGACGACGGACUCCAAUAUGAAGUCACAGACCGACAACCGCUUCUCAUCGCGCUGACUUCUGUCAAAAACCUUCGCGCCGCAGUGCGAGCGAAUAUGCACAACACCUUGACUGAGAUGUUCGGUUCUCUCACCUAUGUGGGCUUAGCCGACGAACAACGCCGUUUGGCCGCAAUCCAGUCCGGUGUCAAGCUCUACCUAGUCGAUUACGGACUCGUCUGCAACGAAUUUUUCUACCAAGUCGGAUUGACCGACUUUGGCAAUUUCGGGACCAUCAAACUCGACCCACCGCCCAAGGUGGUAGAUUUGCUACAAAUAGCGGUGGACUUUGAACAGGAAGAGCUCGCGAACGAAAACACUCCUGACGCAGCCGCCGUUUUAUCCAGCGCAGCCGAGCAAAUCUCGAAAACUCUCAUCGAGCGGCGUGAAAUGCUCGACGAGUACUUUUCCAUGAAAAUCAACGAGAAUGGAGAAUUGCUUACUCUCCCCUUGUUACUGAAGGGCUAUGUGCCCUGUCUGGCAAAGCUCCCGCGCUUUCUCCUCCGCCUAGGUCCAUACGUGGAUUGGACGAGCGAGGAGGAUUGUUUCCGUACAUUUCUGCGCGAACUAGCUGCGUUUUAUACACCCGAGCAGCUCCCUGUGGCUACUGCAUCCUCAUCAACGCACAAUUCAAAUGCUCUGACAAGCGAGGCGGGACCGCAGAUGCCUGAAACCAGUCAGGAUAUUCCAGAGACGGCAGAUGAAGAUCCCCGAAUUCAGGCCCGCCGUGCCCAGUUGACCAGAAUGUUGGAGUAUGCGGUAUUCCCCGCGAUUCGAUCUCGUCUCGUGGCUACGACGAGGACGCUGAAGGGGGUCGUCGAGGUGGCUGAUUUAAAGGGGCUUUACAGGGUGUUUGAGCGGUGCUGA